AUGCCCAUUCAAUCGGAGCCAGGGAGAGCCAGUGGUAUUCGUGGUUGUGUUCGGAGUUAUCUCUUCCAACAAAUGCUGGAUGCUGUUCCAGGUUCUUUUAAAAUUCUUAUCUGUGAUUCAACUGCAACGCGAAUAUUAAAUAGUUGUAUGCGAGUACAUGAACUUAUGGAACACGGUGUUACUUUAUUGGAGGAUCUUAUGACACCACGUCAACCUAUUAUUAACAGUCCUGCUAUAUAUUUUUUUGUUCCUGAGGAUGCAUCAGUAAAUCGUAUUAUUGAAGAGUGGUCAGUAAAAGAUCCUUAUAAGGAGAUUCAUAUAUUUGCGUUAAACAAUACACCAGAUCGUUUUUUACAACAACUUGCACAAUCACGAAUGGCAUCAAAGGUAAAAAGUUAUAAAGAUAUGAUGCUAGAUUUUUCUGCUCCAGAAACAUUGGUUUUUCAUUUAAAUAUGCAAAAUGAAAUUCCUCAAUUUUUUUCACCAGUUCUUCCUCCUUCUAGGGAACUAGUUUUAGAUAUUGCAGCAUCUCGUUUAUUAUCAGUUUUUCAUACUCUCAAUAAUGGUGUCCCUGUGAUUCGUUAUCAAGGCAGAAGUAAUAUUUGUGAAGCAUUUGCAAAAACUUUUCUAAGUAAGUUUGCUAAAUUAUGUCAUGAUAUACCAGAAUUUAAGAAUGGGAGUGAUGGUAGUAAUAACCCAAUAGUAAUUAUCCUUGAUCGAUCUUUUGAUUCUGUUGCUGCACUUAUACAUGAUCGUACAUAUCAAUCUCUAUUAGAAGAUUUAAUGCCUCUAGAAAAUAAUAUGUAUGAACAAAGUUUUAAAAAUCGUUUGGGAGAAGAAUCCAAACGACAGUUUGUACUUGAUGAAGAAGAUUUAUAUUGGUGUCAAUACCGUCAUCGUUUCUUCGCUCAUUGUUUACAAGAAUUACCAACAACAUUAAAAAAACUUCAUCAAGAAAAUCCUACUCUUGCUCAAGGUGUAACACAAGCGGCUAAUGUUGCUGAACUUGGUAGUGCAGUUCGGGCAUUACCAGAGUUUCAAGAAAAACAAGGAAAAUUAUCACUUCAUAUUGAUAUUUGUACAAAACUUAUGGCGAUUUACCGAGAGAAUCGACUUGCUGAAGUAUGUGAAGUAGAACAAGAUAUUGCUGCAGGAAGAAAAAAUUUUAAAACCAACUUUGAAAACGUUCGACGUUUAGUUAAAGACUUGACAAUACCACAAAGUGUACGAUUACGACUUUCUUUGUUACUAGCUGCGGGUAGUGAUACAACAGAAUUUUCACAAAUGAAAAAACAACAACUUAUUCAAGAAAGUGGAAUAAUGGGAGAUGUUUCACAGUUUGCUAAUAUUGAUCGUAUAACAAGUAGAGUUGGAAAACUUCGAAAGGAAAGUGCUGAGAUGGAUCAAAAAAAGAAAAUGGGGAGCAGUGCCACUGGUGAUGCAGAAGGCUUAGAUGGUGAUCCAUUUAUUAAUCAAGCAUAUCUCAUUAUGGAAGCCUUGGCAAAGAAUACACUAAGCACUGCAGACUAUCCUGUACUUAACUCUCCAUAUGAAUCUAUGAUGUCUGCAGGGGGAACUGGAAUGCAUGGUGACUCAGCAGGUGGAAAGAAAACGCUUCGUAUGGGAUUGGCAUUAGCAGCAAUGAGACGUGAUGCUUCACUUGGUGCGGAAGAUGGAAAUGGUGGUGGUGGUGGUGGUAAAUUUUCUUUGACAUUAUCCUCACCCCGAAACACUGGAAAGAAAACUGGUAUACUUGAGUUAGCGGGUGGAGCAGAAGGUAGUGUUACUCUUACAAGUAAUCAGCGUAUUGUAGUAUUCGUUUUGGGUGGUGUGACGUGUGGUGAAAUGCGUGCUGCUUAUGAGAUUUCAAAAAAAUUGGGACGGGAGGUAAUUAUUGGAGGAACAUCAAUACUUCGUCCUGAGGUGUUUAUAAAGGAGUUAAACGACCUAAAGUAG